CAUGUGAUCCAGGGGGAAAGGGAUCCCAACCCAGAGGAGUGAAAGGCAGUGAAGGACUUGGGAAAAUGAGUUCUCUCUUUCUGUUUAGUUUAAGGAAGACUCUCUUUUAAUUUAAAGGAAGGAACACUAGCUGAUACUCUUAAUGCAAAAGUUGACUCUGAAGUUUCCCUGUUGAAAUGGGUAAUGAAAACAGCAGUCAAGAAAGUCAGGAGGGCCCUUCAGUUCCAAAAUCAACAGAGCCAUUUAGUACUGAGAAAGAAAUAAAAACUAAAAAGUCAAGGAAAAAGAGCAGAGACAAAUCACUCAACCAAGAUGGCUGGGACACGUUACCAUCAGAUUCUGCAGUUUCAUUACCAUUACCAGAUGAAAGUUUCUCAUUAACUGCAAAAGAUACAAGUGGAAACUGGCCUGUGGUGUCUGACUUGGAGGAAAGGGAGUCCCACCAAUCCCUAGCCCCAAAUAAUCUUCUUUUUGCUGGGAUUGACAUAAAUGAAGAGUUAAGGACCCAGAAUCCUCUCCUGACCAGCCUAAAUAAUGAAGGCCUCUGUAGUAUCACUGCUGAAGAAUCAACCAGUGAAAACACUGUUGUGGCACAAUCAGAUGUGAUGGCACUGGAGAACAACCUGCACAAGGGAGAUUCCUUGGGAGGCACUGAAGAAGAAGGACAAGAUCAAAGGCAACAGAUGCCAAUGCUCUCUAAGCAUGGUGAAGGAUGCACUCCACUAAGUUUUGAAAGUAGCACUGAAGGCUUGCCAGCCAUGAUGUCAGACCCUGCUAUUAUAAAUGAUAAAGACACCAGAAUUGUACCUCUUGUCAGUGGAACAGAUGCUGACUGUUAUGCUACUACUUCUGCAAGAGAGUAUGAGAAAGAUCCAAAUAAUACUGCUUUGGAGCAGAUUCCUUCAUUAGAUUCUACUUGGACACCAGGAUCUGAAACCGAGGAAAGCAAUUCCAGUGAAUUAGAUUCAUUGCAACAGAGUGAACUGUUGACUGAAGGAGAGAAGACACACAUUAACCUGUGGCCUGAGAGUGAGAAAGACAGAGAUUCUUUUACCAUUAAAGAAAUCAGACAGGAGACUGAAUUGGAAGUGAGCCUAAAUAAUGAAGGCCUCUGCAGUAACACUGCUGGAGAAUCAAUCAGUGAAAACACUGUUGUGGCAUAUCCAGAUAUGACGGUGCUGGAGAAUAACCCGCAUAAGAGAGAUUCCUUAGAAUGUACUGAAGAAGAAGGAAAAACUCAAAGUCAAUAUACGCCAAUGCUUUCUGAGCGUGGUAAAGAAUGUACUGCACUAAGCCUUGACAAUAUCCCUAGAGGUUUGCCUGCCUUGGUGUUAUACCCUGCUAUUGUGAACGACAAAGACACAAGAAUCGUACCUCUUGUCAGUGGAACAGAUGCUGACCAUUAUGCUACUACUUUUACAAGACAGUAUAAGGAAGAUCCAAAUAAUACUGUUUUGGAACAGAUUCCUUCAUCAGAUUCUACUUGGACAUCAGGACCCAAAACCGAGGAAAGCAGUUCCAGUGAAUUAGAUUCAUUGCAACACAGUGAACUGUUGACCGAAAGAAAGAAGGAAAACAUUGCUCAUCUGCCUAAGACUGAGAAAGGCAGAGAUUCUUAUACCACUGAAGAAAUCAGACAGGAGACUAAAUUAGAAGAGAAUAACAAGGAAGAGGCUUUAAUAAAACCAGUGGGACUGAACACAGGUAGUGUAGACAACUUGGUAAUGAAAAAAGAAAACUGUAUUCCAAAUAAUCUCAUAACAGGAAAUUCAGACAUUAAUAAAUAUGGUACAUCUGGUAUUGAUCAGAGCAUUGUUGAGUUCAGAGGUGUCAUCAGCGAAGAUAGCAACAGUGAAGUGAACAGAGGGGACAGUCAAUUCCAAGUAUUUCCAGAAAGGAAUACUGAGGUGCUUGAGGAUCCUCCUACUGUAUCCAGUUUGUCCUCAAACAUGUCAAACCUGUUACCAUUAACCAUGACAGAACAACCAAUUGGUGACUUUUCAUCUGGAAAGGAAUGGCUAGAAAAGGCCAUCAGUCCAAAACCAAACCUCUAUUGUGUGGAUUUACCAGUUAGCGUGGAACCUUCUGAUGCAUCCUUGUUGCUAGAAAUAAAAAACAAAAUGCAAAAAGCAAAUGCAUCUCAGAACACACCAGAACAGAUUAUAAAGGAAAUCACACAAACCGAAUCUAUGAGCAGGGGAAAUACAGCCUUAGCUGACCCAGAAAAUGUUAUGUAUAUGGUGAAGGAAGAAUCAGUUGGGGAUAGACUGUUGUUACUUGACAGAAGAACAAGAGAUUUCAUGAGUGAGAAUGACCUUACUGAGUAUAAUAAAGAAGAAACUAUAAUAGCUGUUUCUUCCAGAAACAAAGAGGAUGGAUGUCAAGAGGUCCCAUCCUCAAGUCAGGUUAUACAUGAAGAUAUAAACUGCCCCCAAGAGACACCAAUAACUUUUGAUAUGAAUUCAAGACAGAUCAGUCCAGAUGCUGCCUUGGAUGAUUAUUGGAGUUCUCAAGUAAGUGGUUUAGAAACCAAUAUCAGCGGCAACAUUUUAGAAAAGAACCUCAGUUCAGUAUGUAAUCGGAAUAUACUCAAUGAUCAUUCACCAGAAUUAAGUGAGAACUUGGAGCAAAAAACCACAACUAUAAAUGAAAAAAAAGUAGCCAGUCUUGAGUCUUCUGAACAACUACUUUUACAAGGAAAAGACAGAUUGCAGACUUGUGAUCUUUUAAAUUCCAGUGUAGAAGAUAUUCAGCUCUGCUUCCCAGUCAAUAAAGAGAAUGAGGUUGCAGAUGGAUUACUGUCUCUGCAUUCUGAAGACAAUGAUAUUACGCAAAAUAAAAAAGAGGAAUCCUGGGAACAGCCAUUUGCUCAAAAAACCAAAUCAGAAUUGGAAGACCAGUUGAUGGAUGAAAUAAAUUCAGAGGAUAAUGCCUCAAAUGCAGAAAUAAUUGCAGUAUCUAAAACAGAACUUGAGUUCCACAACUUAAACGGACAGGCCAGAAGUGCUGAAUGUCUUGCAAUUGAGAAAACAAACAUUCUAGAGGAUGAAUCCCACUCCGAAAGUAAAAGAUGUGCCUCAACAGCUGGCAGUGACCCAAACUCUGUACCUGUGACUACUGCUGAACAAAGCAGUGCUGUGGGGAAGAAUGAAGGUAAUGAAGCUAGACAGGAGGAAUGCAAAACAGAGAUGAAAAAACAAGAAACUGACACAACUUUGGCACAAGAAACCCAUAUCAAAUUGGACUCCACACGGCAAGUGCAGCUGGAACAAGCAACUGAAGAAAAUGACCCUUGUAUAAAACAUGAUUAUUCUGGCAGCCCUUCAGGAUCAGCAGUUGGAGCAGAAACCAGUCUGCAGCCAUUAAAGCUUGGAGACGUAGGUGAUAAUAGCCUAAGGCCAAACAAUUGUCCAUUCAUGAGCAAUGAUUCCGAAGAAUUUUUGGAAACUCAUCCCAAAGAGUCUGUGGAAAAUCAACAGAUGGUGGGCAUUUUAAUGACAUCUCCCCAAGUGCAGUCAGACAAAAGCUCAAAGCCCUCUGGCACCAUCUGCAAGGCAAGUGAAGACAAACAGCAUAUUUCAGACCCUGAAGGUAAAGACCUGGAUCACGAUGGUCUUCAAGCAGUUGCGAGUUCCCAAGGACAGAACUCUAACCAGACGUGUCCUGAGAGGCUACACCCACUGGAAUUAAAUCAUUUCACUGGCCAUGAGGAGCUUGAUAAAAGUGAACUACAACAAACUGGAGACAAACUACACCAGCUCCAAAAAGUACUUGGUGGGCCAGAAGCAAAACCAAAUAAUCUAUCAAAUGAAAAUGCAUCUUUAACACAUAUUUCUGAAUUUGUGGGAAACCCCACACAAAACAACAGCCUGCCAAACGUAUUAAACUCACUGGAGGAAGAAAGUCAUCUUAGCAAAGAAAUCUUAAACAACUUAAAGCAAGACCUUUCUAAUUCUCUGUUUUCAGAUGGGGCUUUGGAAGGAGCAAGCCAGAGGGGUGCAUUUGCUGAAAAAUCUAUUACAGUUAAACAGUUGGGUGGCUUAGAUGAACGGUCAGACAGCAAAUACACAAGCAAUACUGACGUUACAGACUUUAUUCCAGUGACACAGAAAACUGCUAGUGUCAGUACUGAACAGGCACAAACCCUGCAGGAGAGUUUAACCUGUGUAGGUGAACAGUCUAAGGACAAUGGGACUGAUGUUAACUUACCAAGCAAAGAACCAGAAUUGGAUGAACAAAGUUUACAUACAGAGAUAGAAGAGCACCUGAGUUUAAUAAAUGAAACUAUUCUGAAAGAUGAGCAAGUAACUUGCAAAGGGGACUUAACUUUCCUGCCUUCUGAAAACAUAGGAAUGGAUGAACAUCCUCCUGGAUUACCUAAUAGCCCAGAAGUUCCUUUGAGUGAUGCUUGCCAUAAAACAUACCCUGUUGAAAAGACUGACAUCCUAUCUGUUAGCUCUCAAGCAGAACCAAGACCUCUUUCAACAUCAGCACUUCUACAUAAUGAACCCAGCCAAGUAAGCUGCCAGCCUGCAGACUUUAUGUAUCAUAGCCCUAAUGUUGAAUUUAAAAAAAGUGAACCAGAAGCUGUGGCAUGUCAAGAUGUCUUAGAUACCCCUUCCAGUCUGCAGACUGCAGCUGCUACACCCAUUGACUCAGAUGAUGCUUUUGUAGAGAAUAGCACAACUGAUCAAAGGAAACCAGAAGUAAUGAAUUUAGAUGAUAUUCCUUCAGAAGCUGUUCCAGGAAAAGGAUCUUGUAUUCCAGGCCAAGAGUUCCUUUCAGAAGAGCAUGUUUUAACCUUGCAGGAUGUUUCUGAAAUCAGGCAAUCUGAAAGAAAUUUGUCACCAUUUAAUUUCAAGAAGCUGCAGGAUGAGAUCUCAGCAAUUAAACUAAAAGGGGAUAAAAGUGAUGUACAUUUUAAAGCCCAGCAGCUUAACAGCUCAGCAGAAUCUCUACUCAGCCUUUCAAGUUUAGAAAGGAAGUUUUUGGACUUGUCGUCACUCGAUAAGCAAGCAAAUUGUAAGGAAGACACUGCAACAAAUAUAAGUUGUGAAGAUAACAAGCACAGUAACAUUGAAGAAGAAAGCAAAUGUGAUUUUAUAGAGAAAUUUAACCUUCCCAAGAUUGAAGUAGAUGUUCCCAGGCAGCCUGCAGCAAUAUCUGAAAAAGAACCAGAUAUUUCAUCUUCCAGGGCAUUCAGCAUUGGCUUUUUUGAUUUCAGGAAACAUAUUAGCAAAAUAUUUGAACAGGUAGUACCAAAUGCCUUGCCUGCCAAUUUGCCUAACCUUGCCACUGAACAGAGUCUGAGUGAGAGGGUCAGUCCAGAAGAUAAAGAAAUAGAGGUUAAGCAGGAAUUGGAAAAAGCUGAUAAAAACAAUGCAGAUGGAGACCCAGAGAAUGACUGGAAAACAAAAAAAAGCAUACUGCCUUUGGAGGCUGAAAUCACUAAAGAGAAAAUAGCACAAGAACAAGAACACACAGGAAUGCUGGCAAACAGUCAGGAAUACGAUUUGCCAAGUGCCUUUUCAGAAAAGAUCCCUAUCGACAAACAUUGCUUAAACCAAAACUCUCUUGCAACUUUCCCCAAGUUAGUUAAAGCGGACGGCUUAUGCAGUCAUGAAAUAAAUGCAGAGUUUCAUGAUCACCUUUGCUCUUUAAGCAGUGAUACUGCUGAGAAUCAAGUGAGCACAGAAAAAGUAGAAUUUCAAUCUAGAAGUUCCGGAAACCAAGAAAUGGAGAAUCUGCCAUUUUCUCCUAAAAAUGAAGAAUCUUUAACAAUUCCUGGAGUUGUUCCAGAUUUUGAUGCCACAGCCGCUGCUGCUGAAGUAAAGGAAGGUAACUUAAUUAAUCUGUGUAACUUUGAAACAGAUGAACCUGAAAAACAGUUCACGUAUGAUGGAAAUAAAAACAUCAACAAGGGAAAUAGUGACAACAGUACUGAGCUAGCCAAGAUUUCAACACUGUCAUUUCUUAGAGAUGAUCUUGAUGCUCAUAAAGAACAAACAGAUCAGUCCAGGAUAUUGCUUGAUGAAAAUCCGAUUUUUUCCAAUGAACAUACAUUACAGAACCAAACUGUUACAGUACUGGAUGCCAUAGAUAGCAAUAAUUGGUCCAUAGAGGAAGAGAAGGGACAGGACACAGCAGAACAUAAGCUAAUUACUUAUUUUAAAAAUGAACACACUAGAAGGACCAGGUUUUUCUACUGA